CUUAAGAUGGGGGAUCCUGCCAAGGAGAAGGAACUAACAAAAUUGAGGAAUCCACGGUGUGAAUUGAGGGUCCAUCGAUAGUGCUGUAACAACUAGUGUAAAGCCAGAGUCCACUGACAAUGCAGUGACCCCCAAUGUCAAACCAGAAUCACCUGGGAAGAUCCAGUUUUCCGUGGACCUGACCAUUGGGCCAAUGAAUUUGGUGCUGAAAGAUUGCAACAAGAGUCUGUCGAUGAUCAAUGGGUCAAUGAAUGCUCAAAGUUGCAUGUUGAUGACUGGCAGAAGAAUUUGGUCGUCAAGUUGGUGAGGGGGCUUUGGGAGAUAGUUCGUCUGAUAACUGGGCAAAUUCAUAUGAUAAGUUCCUCAGCGGUCGGACGCUUCAAAGGGUGUCUUUGUAUUUUCUGAUAUGAAUCCAUAUGUUGUUCAUCAAAAUCCUUUAAAAGAAGGUCAAGAGCUAUUGAGGAAAGGACUUUUGAGUGAAGCAGUGCUUGCCCUAGAGGCUGAAGUUAUGAAAAAUCCUGAGAAUGCUGAAGGUUGGAGAUUGCUAGGAAUAACCCAUGCUGAAAAUAAUGAUGACCAGCAGACAAGGUCAAGGGUUUCAUUCAUGACGUUGGUGAGAAGAUGGAGGAAACAAUCGGCUUUGGCAAGCCUACUGCAGAUGUAGCUGAGAUUCACCUCCCUUGUAUCAAUCUUGAGGAAGCAGAAAUUGUUGUUGAUGUCAUCAUAAAGAACCCAAACCCUGUUCCAAUCCCCCUUGUCGACAUUGACUACCUCAUUGAAAGUGAUGGUAGAAAACUCAUUUCAGGCUUGAUUCCAGAUGCUGGAACCAUCCAUGCUCAUGGUGAGGAGACUGUCAAAAUACUAGUUACUUUAAUAUAUGAUGAUAUCAAAAGUACAUAUGAUGACAUUAAGCCUGGCAGCAUCAUUCCAUAUAGGCUGAAAAUUGAUCUCAUUGUUGAUGUUCCUGUUUUUGGGAGGUUAACUUUACCUCUUGAGAAAACUGGAGAGAUCCCUAUACCUUACAAGCCCGAUAUCGAUAUGGAGAAGAUACACUUUGAGAGAUUCUCUUGGGAGGAAACUAUAGCAGUUCUUCAUUUGAAAUUAGAAAAUAAGAAUGAUUUUGACUUGGUACACAAUGCACUUGACUAUGAGGUCUGGCUAUCUGAGGUCAGCAUUGGAUCUGCAGAACUUGAAAAAUCUGCAAAGAUAGACAAAAACGGAGUCAGUUACAUUGAGAUUCCUAUCUCCUUCAGGCAGGAUUUCGGAUCUGCCCUGUGGGACAUGAUUAGGGGAAAAGGAACAGGUUACUCUAUGAAAGGUCACAUCAACGUUGACACUCCAUUUGGAUCAAUGAAAUUACCCAUCAGCAAGGAGGGUGGCACAACCCGCCUUAAGAAGAAUAGGGAAGACGGUGGUGAUGAUGAUGAUGAUGAGGAUUAGAGCAAAAGAUCAACAGGGAUGGUCCCCUUGAGAUUCUUUUGUUUUGUUACAGAGUUCAUUGCAAUAAUAAACUAAUGGUGUGUUGAAUUUAAUGUUUAGAUUGUGAUGGUAACAUGUACUACAAUUAUGGAAAAGUUGGUACCUAUAAUUAUGCAUAUUAUGUAUUAUGUAUGUGUGCAUGAAUGGGAUGCUGUGACCCUGGUUUUUAUUUUGUCUAGCAGCUUCCCCCCCUCUUUUAGCGAACCUCUUGAAUUUGCAGUUGAAUAAACUGUUAUUUUGCUUUUAA